AUGGCUUCCACUGAGAUCCUGUCCCAGACGCUGUCGACUAUCACUAGCAUCAAGCUCGACCAGCUCCGGAAGCAAAAGGAGGCGUACGAGACCAAGAAGCAUACACUGCUGCGCGAUGUGGCGCUCGAGACGGACUCGCAGAAGCUCGCCAAGUCCCUGCUCGAGGGCACCGCAAAGCUGCCGUCCAUGGCCGCGAACCCCGGGCUGUCGGCGGCGAACCUAAAGCGCUUCGUCGAGCAGGCCGCCUAUGACCCAUCUGUGUCAGAGGUCUUUCUGCACGACUACGAGGCCGCGCUGCGGAACGAGCUGCAGGUCCAGUCCAACAAGUUCGACUUCGCCACCCUAUACGGCCGCCUUAUCAACGAGUGGAUCGCGUCUGGCAAGGGGUCCGGAGAUGCCACCGAGUACGUCUCCGUCGGCCGCGACGAGUCGCACGAGCAGCAAUCUUCAAAGGACGUCAAACACUCGCUGGAUUCGCUCAGGGACAGCAUGAAGGAGUUCCAGAAGGAGUGGGACGGCCCCGAGCGCCACUUUGAUGACGAGGUCCUCACCAACUGUCUCAAUGGAAUGCUGCGCGUCGACCUCCUAUCUGACGAGAAGCGGGCUACUCUGAGAGGCUUUCUUGGGAACAAGGUGGUGCUCUCCGAGAUUGCCGACGUGCUGAACAUGCGCAUGUCGACCCGGAGCUCCUGGGCCUGGGACGCGCCUCUCGUUGUCUAG